UACUGAUUGGAUCAACAUGCCUUAUGAUAUCCGUAUCGCUUAGUCUCCACAGUAGUGCCUUUAGGAAGACUACCCGAAUCCACGUGUGCCAGGCCAUCUGAUGAAGAUGAUGAAGGCAAAAAGAUGGGCGCUCUCUGCGUAUUUCGUCCACCUUCAAGGAUUAGGAUGGAAAUUACCGCUUCUGCCGCUCGCUGCCACGGCAUCGUCAACAGGGAACAGGAAAAAAUCAAAAGAGAGAUCUUCGAUUGCCAUAGAUGAGGAUGGGAAUUACGCACCCGCCUACAUCCGCCGCGAGGAGAAAUAUCUGCCUAAAGAGAAGAAAGGCGCUCAAUCCCUUGAUCAGCGUCAACAGCACUUAGACGGGGUAGAAGAACUGCAAACUCCGUACCACAUCAACAAAACGAGGCCAUCUAGUCCCUCCAUGAGCCAGAAAUUCCUGCUUCAAAAACAGCACGCAGAUAUCACGCUCAGCAGCGGGGAUCCUCCCGCGCAUUUGAAACCCCUCGACGGUGAGUUUCGCGUCCUCCCUGACAUGUUUACUUCCGCGACACAGGGAAUGAUCAACGCGGACGAUGGCACGGAAACAGUGUUAGGCGCUUGGGACGGUCGGGAGGACGAUCAUGGAGCCUUUGUCCCACUGGAGUAUGGGAUAGGCGAGGGCGACGAGGCAUUGCAGUGCAAGUGCUCUCACAGCGUCGUCUGGGCGGAUUCGGGGCCCGCGGGGUUCUGGAAGGUCAACUUCAGGAAGCCACUGCUGCCCACCCGUGUGCUGCUAUGGAACAGAUGGGGAGGUACAGGCUGCGUCAAUUGCCAGCAUCGUUUCAACAACUUAGACGUGCUCAUGUUAUGGAUAACAGUCUAAGGGAAAAUGAAUGUAGUUUUGAAGAAAAAUCGAUGGAAGUACAAAAGUGAGACUCUUUUCUUCUUGUGUUGUAUGAUCAUGUUCAAAUUUCACUGGUGCUAAGUUAGGUAAAAAGCACUGCGCGUUCACGUAAAAAGAACUGCAGGGCCCCUUCCUCGCGAGAGUGCUCUGCUUCGCGGCGUUGGCUCUCUCUGGUUUCCUGGCUGCUCGUGUGUCCCAAGUCCUUGCGCCGCGCCCUUCCGGGGAGCUCUGCAGGGACGCGGGGACCCGCACUACGCCAGGAACGCCGCGCCGACCAUUGGAAAGGCAAUUUGCGUAAGGGGAGCACGUCGCGAGGAAACUUUUCCGGCUUCCGUGUCCGCCCGGCAGGGUUGAACUCUGUUCGGGUUUUCGCAGUGAUCCGCUGCCUUUUGCUAUGAAUUUCCCCAGUUUUUAAAUCAUCAGACUGACGAUCUUCCCCUUCCCGAUUGUCUUUGUUGCGAGGAUGAUCUGGCGACGGUUCAUUCUCCAGCGGCAGGAAAGUAACCCUUUCGUGCGUUGGUCUUUUCUUUUGGUGGAUCUUCAUCGCUAAGCUUGAAGAUAUUACUCGUCUGGCCUAAGGAAGUUAAGUUUUUAGUUUUAGUUAGAUGAGAUGAAUGUACUAAUACUUCUUGCCGUCUUAGAUCAUCAAGAUCUUUCUCUUCUUGUGCAAUGCGUUUCUACUAGUACUUGUUACUUGGCAGUACUAUACUAGAGAAUGGCUUCAUCUCCAAACUACAAUCGAAGACUAAGUGUAAGUGCUUCAUCUUUCUCUUCACCGUAGUUGCUCCAUGAUAACACUGCCUCCUAAUCAUGGGCGACGGAGAGGAGAAGGUCUCAGGUAACACGAGGGUCUGGAUGGGCAACCCCGAAGGACCAGACUGCCCCGCACCUGGAGGUAAGGAGGUUGCGCUGCAAGCGGAUUCUGAAGCAGCGAAUCCGGCACCACCGAAGCUAUAUCAGAGCGCGAAGUUUGUCUCAAAUCCUGCAGUUUCUGGCACUAAGGCAUCCACAGAUCCAUAUCCAUCCAUUUUCUCUCAUAUUUCAAAACUAUAUUUUCAAAGCCAUGUUUGUUCUCAAGGAGGAAAAACGAGGAUCCUCACGAUGCUCCUGAAGAUGCAUUUUUCGUGGUUUAUCAUCAUCAAGUUCUAAUAACAUAAGAGUCAUCCAAGUGUGCGGCGCGGUCUUUUUUGCUACGAAUCAAUGCACCUGCGAUAACGGCGUCGGAACAACAGGCGUCGACUGCGCAAACCACGGCGAGCGCAACUGCGCCUCUUGUUCAAGCGGGUACGAGCUCAAGGAACUCAACUGCGUUAGGGUUCAGGUACAAACCACUACCGAACCGCCAAAGGCAACCGAACCUCCCUCGGCCGACGAUGACCCCGUCGAAGACGCCAUCUCAUGCCGCACGCACACUCCUGCUGCUCUCCUUUUACUAUUACGGCUUAUUAGACUUUUGGUGUUUCUUUCGUUUUGCUGACGUUUGUUUUGGCUCUUCUAAGAGAGGAGCGCGGAACAAUCUGGGGUAAAGAAACACCGAAAACCUACGGCUAAUACUGGUAGUUGCUACCUUGUUUGCCUUAUCUACUUUUCAAAUUGAGUUAUGAUGCUCUCAAACAAGUUUCAUCUAAAGCUUCAGGAGGAGGUGGAGCAUAUGAUGAUAAUAAAGAGCUUGGAAAACUACAUUCUUUCAUGAGGGAUUAUCUCAUUAUCAGUCGGGGACGGCGCAAAUACUAAUACAGGACCUUAGAGAACAUUGUACAGUAAGGAGAUGAAGAGCCUUGAUGUCUUCGAGAAAAGUUCAUAGUAAUAUUGAUAUUCUUGUAUGAUCUUUGUGUUUUUCUAGAAGAUGCGUGGUAGCCCUGGUGUCCAACCGAACUAUUCUCCCAGGUAUAGCUUGUCGCGCUCUACUGCGGAUGACAAAAUUUGAGAAUGAUUUUUGCGAAGUACUAACGAAGAAUGAUUUAUCAUGAUAAGAUAAAAAAUAAUAAAGAGGUCGUUGAAGACAGAGUGCGCCAAGUUGGCAUUCAUUGGACCGUUUUGGCGUCCUGGAUUCUUCUGUUUUCCAUAGAGGACUGUUACUCGACGUCCAUGCUUUGUUUUUGAAUGCUCGACGAUCCGGGUCAUGUGUGCCGGGUCGGCGUAUCUUCCUAUUUGUAGUUGUAUUGAUUUUCAAUUCCUAUGCGUGAAAAAAUAUGAGACUUCUUUCACGCCACCAUAGCUGGGUCCUUUGGCCGAAGACCAAGAGGAUAUUGAAAACUAAAAUUGAGAUCAUUUUUGACGAACAA